GCCCAUACCCUCUCUUAUCACUUAUCCCUCUCUCUCUCUCUCUACCAACUCAGUGCCCUAAAUUAAUAAUUAGGCCAGCCACCGCCACAACCACCAUUACAGCCGCCGUAGAAGAUGACGACGCCUCUCAUUCUCUCUCUCCUACUCCUCCUCUCAACGGCCGCGGCCGCCGCGCCGAAGCACGACCUGGUGCGGCGGUCGUGCGUCCACGCGAGCUACCCGGACGUGUGCCUGCGGACGCUGUCGUCGUACGGCGGCGCGGCCAGCACGCCGCGGGAUCUGGCGCAGGCGGCGGUGCGGGUGAGCCUUGCGCGCGUGCGGAAGGCGUCGGAGUUUCUGACGAAGCUGAAGGGGACCGGGCGGCGGGAGCAGGGGGCUCUGAACGACUGCGUGGAGCAGAUGGCGGACACCGUGGACGAGCUGAGCAAGACUAUGUCGGCGCUCCAGCACCUCCGGCGCGGCGCGGACUUCCGGUGGCAGAUGAGCAAUGCGGAGACGUGGGUGAGCGCCGCGCUCACCAACGAGGACACGUGCCUCGACGGAUUCAAGGAGAUCGACGGCAAGGUGCGCUCCGAUGUAAGGAAGAAGCUCACCAAUGUCGCUAGGGUUACUAGCAACGCGCUUUAUCUCAUCAACCUCCUCGACGAUUAGUCUCUCUCUCUUUCUCUACAUAUACUAUAAGAACGAUAAUGAUCUAGUUUUUAUUCUCUUGUUACUUCUGCGUUUGUGUGCAUAAUGUAGCUCAUGAAUUUCCACCCUGUUUGCAACUUAUUCUAAAUAUAAAUAUUUCAGAGUGAUGUAUUAUAUAUGUUCUACCUCUAAUGUCAUGUUAAUUUACUCA